AUGCCGUUUUCCACCGUCUACGAAGAUCCUUGCGCGAGGACCCCGACUGAUUUAAGCCACGCUGCUGUUCAACACCUUGAACUGAUCGAGACCUUUCUGAAGCUCCUUCAGUACCUCAACGAUGCAGAUGGCAGCAUAAGUGACGAAACAUUGGCAUAUUCAGAAUGGCGUUAUGCUAUGUAUCUUCGUUUCAUCGACAUACGAGGCUUCUGCCCAAAUGAUCACCCGCCUCCAUGGGAUGUCGCACUUAUUAUGUAUCUGCACAUGCUGUCACCCUCGCGCUUUCAUCACUAUAUCUACGACAACCGUAACCGCAACUUCAGUGGCAUCUUUGGCUUGGAGCAUCGGCAUUUCCCUAUGACCAAAUUAUUGGCAGGCGAAUGGUGUCCUAGACGAACAAAGAAGGCCUGGGAUGAGUGUACUAAGAUGAGCUGGUCUGGCUCCGAGUGCCGCGGCUCCAACCUGCCAUAUCAGCUAUGGCCGUCUGCACCAUGGAAGCCGAAAAGACUCUCCAUUCUGGGAGGGAAAGCUAAUCGACCACCAUGUCAUGAUAGAAAAUGGAUCACACCAACUGAUAAAAAGCUUGAAGACAUCCCGAAGGACCAACAAGGAAAAGUGAUUCUGAUGCAUCAAUGGGAUCGCUGCCGCACAAGUGUACCGGAGCAAGGCUACAAGGUCUGGGACCUCCAGUCAUACGCAGCGAUGCGAACUUGUAGGGUAGAAGAAAGAUGUAGAAGUCAAAGCCAGCAUGAGCAUUUCAACGAAACAUGCACGCUGAAGCCAUGGCCAUCUUUACAAGACCUCCGAGCAGACCUCGAGCAACAAGUGUCUUUCUGGAAGCUUAUACUUCGAGUCAAGAACUCGGUACCUGGGUUUAUCGACAGUCUGAGGGAUUCGGUAGUUGACUACGAAAACUUCCUUGGCCUCCUAGGUAGUAUACUUCCAAAGAGUGAGAGUGAUGGCUCAUACAAGUCAAAGCUAGACCCAAAGACAGCAAGAGCUCCUCAUCACCCAAGUUCACGACCCUCUCGAAUAAUACCUCCAACGCUCGAGAUUGAUCUUCUAUGGCAGACUCAUCGUUUAUUCCCAGCGAGUUACUGGGUUUGGUCGGCUGAGAAGGCAGACUGGGUCCUUGAUAGAGAACGCACAGCGAAUACCCAAGCGGCAAGUACACUACUCCAACAUACAAGGCAGCUUUGGAAAUCGAAGUAUACCUCAGAGUUGGAAAGGGGGGUAUCAGUGGAGGAGACAUUGACGGAGUACGUGCCUGAUACAGUGAAGCAUGCAGCUGCCAAAGUGGAGAGGACUGAUCUAAGAACUCUGUUAUUGGGUCGCGAUGCAUGGAGACAAAGAAGGGUUAUUAGAAGGGGUCGAGAGGACGAUAUAUCUGGUGGAGGAGCGGGCGAUUAUGGAGGGUCUGGGGGUUGUGAUGGAGGAGGUGGUGGUGAUGGUGGCGGAGGCGGCGAAUAG